CUGAAAAAUUAUUUUUUUUACUUAUUUCCUGUUUUCUCAUAUUUCUUUCUUUUUCCAGUAUCCGUCAAAGGAGCGCUGCUAUUUUGAUUAAUAUAUCAAUUUAAGAAAAAUAUCAACAUGGUUGCCGUCAAGAAACAAAAAAAGGCUUUAGAAUCCACCAAUGCUAAAUUGGCUUUGGUUAUGAAAUCCGGCAAAUUCUGCUUGGGUUACAAACAAACCUUGAAAACCUUGCGUCAUGGCAAAGCUAAAUUGGUAUUGAUUGCCAGCAAUACCCCAGCUUUGAGAAAAUCUGAAAUUGAAUACUACGCCAUGUUGGCCAAGACUGAAGUUCAACACUACAGUGGCACCAAUAUUGAAUUGGGUACUGCUUGCGGUAAAUACUUCCGUGUCUGCACCAUGUCUAUCACCGAUCCCGGAGAUUCUGACAUCAUCCGCCCUGCCGGUGAAAACUAAACGGAUCAUUUUUUAUAAAUUGGUUUUUUGUAUAAAAAUGUAGAAAAUAAAAUACAAAAUUUAAUUUGUAA